AUGUCCCCUUACCCCCGCCCCGGGAGGCACGCCGCCGAAUUCCUGAAGGGAUGGGACACCGAUGACAAUGACCGGCUUCGGUACUCGUUUGGCCUGACGGGCGUGGAUCAGAAGGGGAACUUCCUAUGGGUGGACGUGUUUGGAUGGAUGCUGCUUGUUGUCGCGCUGGCAACCCUCGCCUUGCACAUCUGCAACAUGGGCUGGCGACAGAUGCGACAGCUGAGCGUCAUGGGCCAGCCCAGCCGGCAAGCUUACUUCAAGGAUAACAAGACGCGAUGGUGGCCUUGGAUCCAACGACACAUCCUCACCGCACCUCUAUGGAAGAAGCGACACAAUAGGACCUUCCAGCUCUCGAGCGCAAUCGAGAAUGGAACCCUGCCGGGGCGCUGGCACACCAUCGUCCUGGCCAUCUACGUCGGUCUCAACAUCGCCUGGUGCUGUAUCUUGCCCUACGGGGAAGAACGUGCAGAGGUCAUUGCUGCUCUCCGAGGACGCAGCGGCACUCUGGCAGCGCUUAACCUCAUCCCCACCGUCCUCUUCGCGCUCCGAAACAAUCCUCUGAUCCCCCUACUUCAGGUCUCUUAUGACGACUUCAACCUCUUCCACCGGUGGGGUGCCCGUAUCACCAUUGCCGAAGCACUCGUGCACACCGCUUCCUGGGUCGCCAACACCAAGAAUGGCGGCGGCUGGAAGCACGUCGCAGCCGCGCUUCGCGACGAAUCCUCCUAUGGCUGGGGAAUGGUCGGCACCAUCGCCUUCGUUUUCCUCGGCAUCCAAGCAUGGUCUCCCAUUCGGCACGCUUUCUACGAAACCUUCCUCAACAUCCACCGCCUCUGCGUGCUCGCCGCCCUUGUCGGCCUCUACCUCCACCUGGCGCAGCACAAGCUCCCUCAACUGCCAUGGAUGUGGGUCGUUAUCAUCAUGUGGAGCGUCGAAGUCGCUAUGCGCAUGUUCCGUGUUUACUACAACAGCCUCCGCCUCACAAGAGCCUCGCAUAUCACCGUCGAAGCCAUGCCCGGCGAGGCCGUCCGCGUCACCGUCGACCUCCAGCGUCCCUGGUAUCCCCGCCCCGGCUGCCAUGUCCACAUCUACAUGCCCGCCAUGAAUCCUCUCCUGCCGUGGACAUCGCACCCCUUCUCCGUCGCAUGGGCCGCUAUCGACGAACCCUCCCACAAGGAAAUGGCCGACGUCGGUCUCCCAACUCUCGAAGGCCAACCCCUCGCUCCUCAUGGCCCCCGCCCGUCCCGCCAAAUCAGCCUCAUCUGCCGCGCCCGCACAGGUCUUACUCGCCAGCUGUACGACAAAGCCGCAAACAGCGAGCACACCAUGUUCACCACGUGGGGCGCCAUCGAGGGACCCUAUGGCGGCCACCACUCGCUCGACUCGUACGGCACCGUCCUGCUCUUCGCCGGCGGUGUCGGCAUCACGCACCAAGUCAUGUAUCUCCAGCACCUCGUCAAGGGCUUCGAAGCCAGCACGACCGCCACCCAGAAACUGCUCCUCGUCUGGACCGUGCCCGAGAGCGAAUGUCUCGAAUGGGUCCGCCCCUGGAUGGACGAAGUGCUGCGCCUCAAGGGUCGUAAGAAGGUCCUCCGCGUGAUGCUCUUCAUCACGCGGCCGAAGAAGAAGCUCGAGAAUGUGAAUUCGUCGUCGGUGAAGAUGUUUGCCGGGCGGCCCAAGAUGGUGCCGCUGCUAGAGGAGGAGGUGCGCAACCGCGUGGGCGCCAUGGCCGUGACGGUGUGUGGGAGCGGGGCGUUUGCGGAUGAUGUCCGGGGUGCGGUGAGGCCGUUUUUGGAUAAGGGGAGUGUGGAUUUCAUCGAGGAGGCGUUUACGUAUUAG